GAGAGGAAACGCAAUGUCAAUCACAGAAAAGAGCUUUGUCUUGAACAACCUGAGUCACCUGACCUCUUAUCCAUUUGUGAAGACCACAAAUGGCAAAAAUAUUGGAAUCACAUUUGCUAAAAAGAGAGAUUUGUCCGAGAAUUCAACCCAGCAAGAAAACAUUUUCCCAUUGAGAGUGUCCAACCCAAUUCUUGCUCGGUCUGUUGUUGCUGUGCUCGGGUUGGGAUUUAUCGAUGCUGGGUAUAGUGGAGACUGGUCUAGGAUUGGUGUCAUCUCAAAGGAGAACGAGGACUUGCUAAAGUUUGCAGCUUUUAUAGUUGUUCCUUUGUGUAUCUUUCUCAUAUUUUCCUUAUCCAAGGAAUCUGACGAUUGAUUUUUUUGUUUUUCAUCCUGCUGGGAUUUCUGAAAUUUUCAAUGUGAAAUGCAAGUGAUGAUUUGUUUAAGCCAUUAUUGGCAAAUUAA